AUGGCAGGCAAAGACUGCGUAGCCAUCGCCUGCGAUCUCCGCCUCGGCCUCCAAGCCCUCACUGUCAGCAACAACUUCCCCAAAAUCUUCUCCUACGGCCCCAGCACCUUCCUCGGCCUCACGGGUCUCGCCACCGACGUCUCCACCGUCUCAGAGCUGUUUCGGUAUAAGGUGAAUAUGUACCGAUUACGGGAGGAGAGGGAUAUUGCGCCCAAGACUUUCGCGAAUCUGGUGAGCAGUAGUCUGUAUGAGAGGCGGUUUGGGCCGUGGUUUGUUGGGCCUGUGGUAGCGGGGAUUGAGGCCAAGAGUGGGGAGCCUUUCAUCUGCGGAUUCGACAGCAUAGGCUGUAUCGACUUCGCCAAGGACUUCAUCGUCUCCGGCACCGCUUCUGAUCAACUGUUCGGUACUUGCGAAGGGCUGUGGGAACCUGACCUCGGGCCUGAGGAUCUGUUCGAGACAAUCUCACAAGCUCUCCUCAACGCUGUAGAUCGAGAUGCGUUGUCUGGUUGGGGUGCGCAUGUGUAUAUCAUUGAGAAGGACAAGGUGACGAAGAGGCUGUUGAAGGGCAGGCAAGAUUAG